CAACUCCUUACAAAUCACCCAGAAUUCUACACAUCUGUUGGCUGUCAGCAUCUGCCAGGCUCGCUCAUGUGCAAAUAAUGAAAAGCAUUUGUUACUGCCCAGAACAGGAAUGAAAAUAUUCAGAGAGCAAACCUCCAGAAGCUAAUGGGAUCUCUGAGAAGAGUGAUGCGACACUCAAUCAAAUGGAAACUAAUAGAUAUACUCGACCCCAACAAGUUCACAGGCAAAGUCCUGCCGCUUGAGCUUCAGGAGCACAGAUCAGAGGAAUGCAGCGAUGAUGUGCUUCUGCACACUGGCGAGGGGCAGAGUGUGCAGGAGGCGGCAGGUGUGAGCACCAGCAAUCCGAGCUGCACCGAUUCUGAUGGAAGCGAUCGGGAAGAAAGCACACAACAUUCCACUCUUGUUACUUCAAACGAGUCUCUGGAACCACAUGGAAAUCUUCAACCAGUUAAAGAUGAUAAAAACACUGUGCUGCAUGAAUUGGACACCGACCAGUCUUCUGCUGAGUUAGAAUCCAGAUCUGAUCAUACUCCAUCGAGACAAAAACGUCGCCGAGCUGAGCCGGGCUGUGCCAAACCAAGACGAGCGAGAACUGCCUUCACAUAUGAACAGCUAGUGGCCCUGGAGAACAAAUUCCGCACAACCCGCUAUUUAUCAGUGUGCGAGCGCCUCAAUCUAGCUCUGGCCCUCAGUCUUACAGAAACACAGGUUAAAAUCUGGUUUCAAAAUAGGCGCACCAAGUGGAAAAAACAAAAUCCUGGGGCAGACAGCACAAUUCAGUCUGGAUCUACAAGCCUAUCUCGUGUCAGUCCAAGUCCUCCUGGACCAAGUGUUCUCAGCUUCCACACUUUUCAGACUUAUUCUGCAGGGAAUGUUAUUUGCCCCCCAGCAACUCCGAUCCCUUUAAUGUCAUCCACUGGAGGGCUCCUGUCUCCUUUCCUGAAUUCUCACUACCCAAGCCCAUUUUACGCACCACAUUUAUGAAGACUAUGCGGAUUUGCUCAAUCAAAUUAAGAACUUGUAGACACAGUUUACGUCGAUAGACUGAUCGUUACUUGA